CGACCACGAAAAAACUCGGACGCUCUACGCACGGAUCGGUACCGUGGUAAAGUUUUGGCAUCGCGCGCGCGGGCCGUCCGUCACUCGCCUCCCGGGACCGCCGCGCGCGCUCUCGCACGCACAGUCUCGCGGCGUCCGCACGCACGCGCGCGCACACGUCACAACACUAUCGACUCGAUCGUUGGCCGACAGAGUCGCGAGCGGCAGUACGGCGGGACUCGGCUGGGCGUGUUUUGGUCGUCGCUGCCGAUAAUACGCACGCACACACACACGGCAAUAUCAUUUCACCGCGACGGUGUUUGUGUGUGUGUGUGUGUGAUUGCUCGCCCGUCGACGACGACGACGACGACGACGACUCGCGACGCGAAGUACGGAAGACGGCCGAGACCACACUCGACGACGCCACCGCCUAACGCACACGACAUCCGCCACCGCCGCCGCCGACGCCGACGACGACGAUCAGAUUAGAGAAUCGCGACAGGCUGUUCUCCUCGCUGUCCAGUCUGCUGCUUUCGGUCGUCGACAAGACUCCGUCACGGCGGUAAGCCGUCCAGCAAACGACGCCACCGCCGCCACCUCGUCGUCUGCUCCAAACACAAAGAAUAUGAUUUGUCAAUUUCAAUGCAUUUAAAUUUUCUUGGACAAUUUAAGUAUUACUACAGUUAUAAUAAGUCCAUACAGUUAUGUUGGAAGCUAGAUUGUUAGCUGCCGAUCGGGAAUCAGCUACUUGGCAAGGCAAGUCAUUAGGAAAUAACAUACGACCCCCUCCACACACACCUCAUCAUCAUCACAUGUCAGCCAUGAGACCAGUAAAUCCUAAAUCCAACAAUGAAGAAAAUUGUUAUGUUGUGGCUAAAUACGACUAUGUUGCACAAAGUGCCCAAGAAUUAGAUUUACGAAAAAAUGAUCGCUAUUUAUUAUUGGAUGAUUCAAAACAUUGGUGGAGAGUUCAAAAUGCUCGUGGAUUCUCAGGUUAUGUGCCAAGCAACUAUGUGAAGAAAGAAAAACCUUCUCUCUUUGAUAGUAUAAAGAAAAAAGUGAAAAAAGGUGCAGGUAACUCAAGUACUGGUAGCAAGACAUUACCAUGCAGUAGUCAUGGCAAUGGUCGUACUGUGAGUGAAUCUCCUUCAAUGGCCAGACGUUUACCAGCUGAUCCAUCUGAGGCAAUAGGUACAGCUCUAGUAAAGUACAACUACCAAGCUCAACAACCUGAUGAAUUAUCUUUAAUCAAAGGAACAAGAAUAUUAAUUCUUGAAAAGAGCAAUGAUGGUUGGUGGAGAGGUCAAAGUGGUUGUAUGGCAGGUUGGUUUCCUAGUAAUUAUACCACUCAAGAAGAUGACAAUAAUGGAGAUGACAUGGGCCUCCACACAUAUGCAAUGGCUGAGAACGUGUUGGACAUUGUUGUUGCCUUAUAUCCAUUCACAGGUACAUCUGAUCAGGAACUGAGUUUUGAAAAAGGUGAUCGCCUAGAAAUUUUGGAAAGACCUGCUGCUGAUCCAGAAUGGUAUAGAGCUAGAAAUGGACAAGGUCAAAUUGGCUUAGUACCAAAGAAUUAUUUGCAGGAACUCAGUGAAUACUUAGCACAACCACUAAUUCAAGCAGCUAGUAGUGUACAAGUUAUUGAUAAACCACAUUUGGUUGGAAAACCAUGGUACUAUGGAACAAUUACUCGUGCUCAAUGUGAUACUGUAUUGAAUAACAAUGGACAAGAUGGCGAUUUCUUAGUUAGAGACAGCGAGACUAAUGUAGGAGAUUAUUCAGUGUCUUUAAAAGCACCAGGACGUAAUAAACAUUUCCGAGUCCAUGUUGAAGGAGCAUUAUAUUGUAUUGGUCAACGCAAAUUUCAUACACUUGAUCAACUUGUAGAUCACUAUCAAAGAGCUCCGAUAUAUACUAAUAAGCAAGGAGAAAAAUUGUUUUUGGUCAGAGCGUUGCCUCGAGCAAAUCCUUAAUGAUUUAAACAUUGAACAAUGAAAACCGUAAAAUAAAUUGGUGUGAAUAUCAAGAAAAGUUAUAAUUUUAUGAUAUUACAUAGAAGUGAACUCUCCAUAAGUUAAAUAAUUAUGAUAAGGAAUCAAGAUGUUCUAAAUGUGUUGAAUAACAAUUAUUAGAACCAUUCAAUAGACUAGUCAUUUAAUAAGUUUUUCCAAAUUAUUUUAUAAAUCUGUUAUCUUUUUCAUUUUUUCUUGAACUUUUGUUUUUUUUUGGUAACAUGAACUUUAUUUCUAAUACCUAUCUCCCUUUAUUUUGUUAUAAAAUAAUUAUUAUUUAUUCAUAAUUGGUGUCGUUCCAUAACCAAUCACUUCAGUGCUAAAUAAAAUAGUGAUAUGACUUGCUCUUGUUCUAUUCAUAAUCUGCUGUGAAAAUGUGAUAAUGAUUUGUAUUGCUAUUUUGUAUUUCGACUUUUAUAUAAAAUUAUAAUAGUUUUAAUAAUAUUAUACGGUAUGUAUUGUCAUUGUGUAAAUGUAAAUAGUGUAAUUAAUAAUAAUAAUUAUCAUUAUCAUACAGUAGUUAAAACAUUAAGAAAUUUAUCCUCUAAAUAUUGAUGAAUAAGUUUCUUAUGAAAGUAAAGAAAAAAAUCAAAUAAUUAAACAAAGAAAUUUAGAUCAUCAUUUUUUAUAUUUGUAUAAUUUUUUUUUUGUUUUUUUUUUUACUAUUAAAGUAAGUUUAAUAUAAUAACACCCUACUAUUAUCCAAUAUUUCUAAGUACCUUAUAAAAACUAUCACUACUAGUCAUAACUGUGUAUUAAUAAUGUAUAAUAUAUGGUUACAAACAAUUAAUGUUUGAAAAAACGCCUAUUUAAUGUACAUCACUGUUAUAUAAUAAUUUUGUAAACAGAAUAGUGCUUUUAUUCAGAUCUCGUUUAUAUGUAUAAAAUAUGUAUAUGAACAUUCAGACUUGAUGAAUUUGUUUAUUAAUCUGCUACACCAAAUAUAAAAAUAACUAUCAUCUUUAAUAAGUUUAUUAAUAAUAUAUGAAUCUAUAGUUAUGUAAAACAAUGCUCUCUUGAAAGGGUGUUGACAUUUUUGUUUUCUCUUUUUUUCAUGACUCGUAGGCAGCUUAAUUGUGUUUAGUGAAAUUCAUUACAUUGUAUGUAGUUUUUCUAUCAUUAUUUUUAAUCAAAUUAACAGCAAACUUACUAUUUAAUUAUUAUAUAUUUAAUUUAAUUUAAUUUUUUUUUUUUGUUUUUGUUUUUGUUCUUUUUUUAUUUAAUCAGAUGUGUCAACUAUUCAGAUCAUGUAUGUUAUGGUCUAGUUAUUCCUAUAAUAUAAUAAUAAAAUAAUAUGUGUAUUAUGGUUAGGCAUCUUGAAGCAUCGAUACAAAUUUUGUGGUUAUCGAAUAUUUUUAAAAUAUGUUGUAAAAUGAUAAUCUGAAUUUGACUAGAUUUAGAAUUUUGUAUGUUUUUAUUGAUUUUCAAAAAGAUGUUUUGAAGUGUAUAAUAUAAAUUUUUUUUCUUAUUUUAUUUUACACGUAAUUUGUAUAAUUUUUUUCUCACAAUAUGUAAAUAAAAGUAAAAUGUCAUAUUCGAGUGUAUAAA